AUGGAUAAAGGAAAGCGUGUUGAUAAAAGCGAUCCGACUGAGGCAGCUCCCGCGACUGAAGUGAAAUCAGCCGGCACUUCUAAAAUGAAAAACCAGAAAAGCAACGAUUCUGAAACGGGUAAUAGUAAGAAGUCGUCAUCGUCAAAGACAAGCGGAAAAUCGAGCAAGCAAAAAAAACCAUCAUCCAAGAAUAAGAAACAACAUGUAAGGGACGGAACCGGAAACGAAAACGGAAAGGAUUUCUCUACUGACAGUAAUGAUAAUCAGGAUGGUGACGGCGAGCAAAAUCAUGCCAAGAGAAGCACGUAUGAUGAAGAAAAUGAUGAGCAAAGUGAAAAACAGUCGAGUUUUAAGCAAGACGAAGUGGAAAACGCUGUAGCGAACGAAUCUGAAGAAAGAAAAGACGAUUAUACGGUUAAUAAUGGCAAGGAAAAGAAAGAAGAAAUCGAAGUUGCUCGAGCGGCUCUUUUGGAUGACAAUAAAAACGAGAUAGAUAAUGGUAACGACGAACGAAAUCGUGCCAAGAGAAGCACCUAUGAAGAGGGAAAUAGUGAGCAAAGCGGAGAGAAAACAAGUUUUAAGGAAAAUGAAACAGAAGCGAAUGAAGAAAAAAGGGACAGUUCUACUGUUAAUAACGUUAAGAAAGAGAAGGCAGAUGUUGAAAUCCUCAGAGCAAAUUCUUUAGAGGAUAACGAUACAAAUCUAACAGAUGCUACGGAAAAUACGAACGAGUUACUCACACGAGAGAGCAGGAAGACUCAAACAGAUGAAUACUUAAUCAAUCAUGUAGAUAUUGAUCAACACCGAUCUGGCAGCAUAGAAGGCACUAUAUUAAAAACGAACGGCAUCGAGGAACAGACAGAAAAACAUGAAGAUGUUGAAGUAGUUCCCCUGAAAGUGUCAACAAAAGACGACAAGAAAGGAGAGGAGGAAGUGAAAGAUAUUGGAACGGUACUAUUGGACGCCUAUGAUGCUACUGAGAACGACGAUGCGUUAGUUGUAAGUAGCGAGGAGCAAGAUAAAAGAAGGACCGCAGAUACAGCAAUAUUAGACGAGGAAGUGAUUAAAAAACAAAGUGUAAAUAAAGACGAAAACGGAUUAACAACGGAAGAGGGUAAAAAAGCAGAAGAAGAAAUCUUCGAUGGCCUACGAUACAAUGUUGGGAAAGACAGUGCAAAAACCAAGGAUGCAAUCACAUCAACCAUUGAAGAAGGGGAAUGUCCGCCUCUUUACUUAAUGCAGAAUGCGCUAAAAGGAAAGAAAAAGCUUAAAGGAAUAAAGCCAGCAGUAACAUCACUCAUUGAAAGGGGAAAUGAAGAGCAAAAUACAUCAUUAGAACGACAGACGAUAGAUGUAAUUGAAAAGCAAGACACGUUACUUAAAGCUACUGGUGAGAGGGACAGAGGAAUCACGAAAGUCGAAGAAACGUCAACAAGCAAAGUUGAGCAGAAAGAAAGAAGGCAAAGUAGGGACGCUGAAACGACUUUAUCGGAAGAUAAACUGAACAUCUUUGUUGAUAACACCGUAGCUCAAAAAGGAUUGCUUACGUCGAACGGUGAGAAAGAGGAAGAAAAAACUAGAUACGCUAGAACCAGACCCAGUUAUGUCGAAACAGAACGAAAUCAAUAUAUAGACGCUAAGCAAAGCAAUGGAAAAGAGCAAACGGAGGAAGCGGAAACAAUUUUAAUGAAAGACAAAGAAACUCAAUCCGGGAAUUUAGAACACCAUAAAUUACAUGUAAGUAAUAAUUACAAAGCAAUCGACAAGACCAAUGAAGAUGUGACCACGCAAACGGACUACCGCACGACUGAGUACGGUAGCAAAGAAAUGUUAAUUGAAACGAAAACUUAUCCCCCACCCGCUCUUCUCUAUCAUGUGCCGCAACAACGGAGGGAAGAUCAUCCUAUUCCAGGUACUUCUCAAGAAAUGGCAACUUUUUGUCACUCUUGCCAGUGCAGAAGAGAGCAACCACGUUUUUCGCAGCCCGCAGAGAUGAUGCAAGGGUAUGACGUGGCAAAUAAUUGCUCGACUUAUUUUAUGCGCGUUUGCAACCGGGGUACUUCAAUUGAUGAAAUGAGAAAAGAACGAAUCUAUGACGCAACGCGAACACAAGAUGAAUUACAUAGAGAAAAUCAUUGGGAUCUCGAUAAUGAGCCUCAUUCAAGCAAUCGAAUGCCUCGAAUGUAUUACUCAAGAGAGCGAAUGAAACGCUCUCCUCAAGAGAUGGAAAUUCGAAAACAACUUGGUAAAGAUGAAAUGCUUGCCGAAACUUCAAACAAUAAAUACCAACAUAAUCAAGAAUCUUGUUAUUCAGCAACAAACAAACAAAAUGAUGGACGGUCACGCGACUUUUACAAGGAAUAUGACUACUCGCCGCAUUCAACAAUGGAUGACAUGAAUAUAAUGAAACGAAGCGUACAUCGGCUUUGUAGACAUGACAAUGGUGGAAACCGGUGCGAUGAAUUCCAUACUUAUAAAUAUAUUCCACAGAAUGUAAAAGAUGAGAUACCCCCUGGAAACAGGCGCUAUGUUUCUCUUAACCACGAAGAAGCAAAAGGAUAUGAGAAUAAUUUCGAAAAUUGGAAAAAAGCCAAGAACUCACGCGACGAGAACCAUCAAACGCAAUACUUUGCACAACCCGUAAGAGAACGAAGUAGUUAUUCGCUUGGAUGUCGUUCAGUUUGUAUCAAAAAUGGGCAACAAACAUUCUGUUCAACUCAAUGCGUUGAAUGCAGUAAACAAAAUUCCGCACAUCGACAGUACGUCAGAAAGGACAUCAACGAAAGAGAAAAUAGUUGUGAAUCUCUAAACAGAGAAUUCGACGCAUGUCAAAGAAAUCGCUCCAACACAUCCAGCGAGUAUAACCGCGGUCCUUACGAGAGACAAGAAGAUACGUUUCAGCAAACAUCAUGUGAGGGCGUAGAAGAGACCGUUACCAGACCAAGCGUGAUAAAAUGUUUAAUGGAAUAUCUUGAAGGGAAACUCCGAUGCAAUUUUAUAAAUCGUCUGAAAGAAUACGAUAUCUUUAAUUAUAUUCAUCAGAAUUCUCAAAACGUGCGAAGUAUAGAGGCAAGGGAAAACAAUGCAACUAAUUUAGAAAAUAACUCGCCAAACUCUGAACGCAAUCGUGAACCUUCGCCGACACUUUUUGUUGAGUCCGAGAAAAAAAGAUUGUCACAACCUUUUGUUCAAAAUAGUCACCAUAAUGGAAGAGUAAACAUAAGUAAUGUUAGUAUUAAUGAAAUCAAUUCGUCCGAAUCACAACAGUCUAUCAAAAAUAUUAAAAUUGAAUUCGAAAUACACACACCAAAGACUGUUCACAAACGUGGUAAAGAACAAGAUAUCGAAGUAAUUGCAAGUGAUUUGGGACACAGCCAAGAAAAGGCCCUCGCGAUGGUUACCGCUUUUAAUGAAGAAAAUCUACGUAGAAAUAGCAGUACUCAUCAAGGUGAGAAGAUACUAUGUCCACCAGUUAGUAUUCGCAAUGAUGCAAAUUCUGAAAACGAAGCUCCAUACUUUAUGUAUACCGGCGCCGCCGCAAGCUACUUCCAAACUCCGAGAAGGAAGCGCAUUGUUGCCGCCUACGUAAAGGAACAACGCAUCGAUAAUUCGGUAGCGCCGACGUCUGAAGAGAAAUUAAGAGAUCAAUGUGAGGGAGCUUUGCCGCCAAGACCACCACCACUGCCUUCAUCAAGGCAUUGGAUUUGUGAUGGAAACGUUGAAGCAGAUACGGCUGAAAAGGAAAGUAAACCUUUGAAGAAAUAUUCCUUUAAACAUUUGCCACCGAUGCACGUAAAAGCAUUGAAGGAAAAAAUUCUAAGCAUAUUACCAGGCAGGCGUAAAAGUUGA